AUGUUUGGCGGUACACUCCUCAAGAAGGUCUUCCUCUCGCUCCUCGGUGGCGAUGGUAUCAACCCAUUCUCCAUAAUGGGCGCGUUGCUCCCCGCAGACGCGUCUGGCAAAUAUGUCAUCGAGUCCGAAGGCAUCCGACUUGCCUUCGUGCGUAAGGGCGGCGCGGUUGCGAACCUCUGGAUCAACGACACCAACUGCCGGGAGCUGGACGUGGUGCUGGGCUUCGACAACUCAUCGCUGUACGAAACGUACCCGGGCCCGCACACGCUGAACGGCGCGAUCGGAAGGUACGCCGGCGUCAUCAGCAAUGGCGAGUUCGAGCUCAACGGACAAAAACACUACACCUCCAAGAAUCAUCGCGAUGGUAAGUCCACGCUGCACGGCGGCAACAAAGGUUGGGGACAGAUGACGCUGUAUCCGGCUGCGAAAACGAAGAGCAGUAUCACGUUUGUCGUGUUUGACCGCGGCAACAACGGCUUUCCUGGGCGGGCAGCGGCAAGCCUCACACAUACCUUGACUCCCUACGAAUGGCGCAUCUCGUAUGGCGUCACGCCCUUAGUGGCCGAUUUCCCGAUCAGCUUAAGCCAACAAGUCUUCUGGAACCUCGGCGGCUUUCUCAAUCCCUCCUCAUCCUCCGACUCAACUGAGGAGUCCUCGAGCCAGCUCGGCGACCAUUCGCUGCACCUGCCCUUUUCGGGGAUGCGGCUCGAUGCGGAUGAGCACGGCAUCCCUACCGGCGACAUCAGGGGAAACCGACCAAAUUCAACCUUUGACUACUGGUCGCGGCCGCGCGUGCCCUCUGAGCCCCUUGACGACACCUUCCUGGUCAACCGUCGCCAGCCGUGGGACAUGCACGCGGCGCCUGUUGCGACACUGGCCAACAACCGCUCUGGCAUUAAACUCGAUCUGUACACGAAUCAAGAGGCGCUGCACACUGUGACCUGGGAGGAGCCCGAAGGCGCGCUUAAGCGGAAACGCACGCAGGGCGAAGGCGAUAUCCCGUCUCACGCGGCCAUCUCGCUGCAGAUGCAGGACUGGACGGACGCAAUCAGCCACCCAGAAUGGCAACGCGAGGCGGAAACGAUCUGGGGUGCGGACCGGCUGUACACCAUGUACACGUCGUACAAGUUCUCAGUGAGGCGGGACGGGGGAUCAUGUGUUUGA